AUGACAACUGAAAGACUGCCGCUUACCUUUGGGUCGGGACCCAUGGUCUGGAUUGACUGCGAGAUGACCGGACUAAAUCCACGCACGGACAAAAUUUUGGAAAUCGCUGUGCUGAUUACCAAUGGAAACUUGGAGCUCGUUGAUGAUGGAAUCGAGUUCGUAAUACGCACUGAAAAGGAAGUCCUUGAUAGAAUGGAUGAAUGGUGUACGAAUCAGCACGGAAAGUCCGGUCUGACUGCAGCUUGCCUAGAAUCUCCAUAUACGAAGGAACACGUAGCCAAGCAAGUGCUCGCGUACAUUCGAAAAUGGAUUCCCGACCCGCAGACAGGCGUACUAGCAGGCAACUCAGUCCAUGCUGAUAGGUCUUUCUUGGUAGAGGAAAUGCCAGAGAUUACGGAUUGGCUACAUUAUCGUAUUGUUGAUGUCUCGUCUAUCAAAGAGCUAUGUCGCAGAUGGUACCCUAACAUGAAAAUGCCCAAGGACGGAAUCAAGGAAAUCACUCAUCGUGCCCUGGAUGAUAUUCAGGCAUCAAUCAGAGAGCUGCAAUGGUAUCGCAAGAAUAUCUUCAUUCCGCGGGAACGCACGCAAUCCCAAACUGCGAGUUGCGAAUAG